GAUAAAACCAUGUAUGCAGUCUAAUUUCCAGGAAAGAAGCUCUCAAGUUAAAUCUUUUAGGAAUAGGUGUCGUAGUUUACCGUAUGAUGUCGAUUACUUGAUUCCUGUUGCAUCAUAAAUGCACCUAUUUUUAAUCCUGAAACUUGUAUCCAAUUCCUUGCCUUUGAUUUCAUUCUAGAACCAUUGAAGCAAAGGAUGACUUAACCAGGUUUGAUUCCAAUUCAAGCAAAGGAUGACUUAGCCAGGUUUGGUUCUAAUAUGUAUAUUCCUAUAUUUUACAAUCUUUAGUUUACCAAGUUAAGUAGCUGGUCCCAACAUAAAAGCUUCAUUUCACUCUUAUAUAGAAUUCUGGGACCCAUAGCAAAGUUGGCUGCAUUGUACAAAGCAAAGGCAGGAACUUAUUCUAACUCGACAUUCUGUUACGUAUAACCCCUCAGCUUCUCAUGAUUCUUCUUAUCAACAAGAAUUCUUGAGAACCCUCUUUUUGUACUUGUAUAAAUCUGAUUGAUACCAUCUUUUUCUCAGAACUCCAAUCCGUAAACUCUAAGGGAUUCUGCUGUUUUAUCAUCUUGGUUUGUCCUUGUCAAUCUUUUCUUUAUAGUCUUUAAGCAAAUCCUAAGAGUUUGCAGGUCAACAAUGGCGCCCCACUUGCUCCAUGGCACACUUAAUGUGACCAUAUAUGAGAUUGAUAGGCUAAAGUACUAUGGAGGAUUAGGCCUUUGCAGCAAGGCCGCUGGACCAUUGCAGCUAGGGAAAAGAUUCCUAGCCCAACUCAAGAGAGUUGUGCUAUGCCAAUCAAGGAUUAUUGAUUCAAAACUGUAUGCAACAGUUGAUCUAGACAAAGCAAGGGUUGCACGGACCAGAAUGAUAGAAAAAGAAGGCAAAGGGCCUCAAUGGAAUGAGAGUUUCCGCAUUUAUUGUGGACAUUUGAUCUCAAAUAUCAUAUUUACUGUCAAAUUUGAUAAUCCUAUUGGGGCAACACUCAUUGGGAGAGCUUACAUUCCAGUUGAGGAUGUCAUUAAAGGGGCUAUAGUAGACAGAUGGGUUAAUAUCUUGGAUGAAAACCAUGAUCCCAUUCAUGGAGAUUCUAAAAUCCAUGUUCAGCUGCAGUUCUACGAUGUUACCCAGGAUAAUAAUUGGUCUCAAGGGAUUAGAAGUCCUGGAUUUAAGGGAGUUCCUUACUCUUUCUUCAGUCAACGAGAAGGCUGCAAGGUUACACUAUACCAAGAUGCUCAUGUCCAAGAUGAUUUUCCAUUGCUGUCUUUACCUAGAGGCGGGCUUUAUCGACCUCAAAGAUGCUGGGAGGACAUCUUUGAUGCAAUCAACAAUGCAAAACAUCUAAUAUAUAUAACUGGGUGGUCAGUAUACACCGCAAUAACGCUGAUUAGGGACCCCAAAAGGCCAAAGCCGGAAGGUAGCCUGACACUAGGAGAAUUACUCAAGAAGAAGGCUAACGAAGGUGUGACAGUUCUUAUACUUGUCUGGGAUGAUAGAACUUCUGUUGAGGAACUGAAGAAGGACGGUUUGAUGGCAACCCAUGAUCAAGAAACCGCUGAUUACUUCAAUGGUACAAAAGUGCAUUGUGUUCUCUGCCCGCGUAAUCCUGAUGAUGGAAAAAGCGUUAUUCAGGGCUUUGAAAUUGCUUCCAUGUUUACUCACCAUCAAAAAACCGUAGUUGUUGACGGUGAAUUGCCCAGCGAAAGGUCAGGCAAGCGGGCAAUUGUCAGUUUUGUUGGGGGCAUUGAUCUCUGCGAUGGGAGAUAUGAUUCACAAGAUCAUCCAUUGUUCAAGACUUUAGGCACAAUCCAUCAUGACGAUUUCCAUCAGCCAAAUUUUAUAGGCUCUUCGAUCAAGAAAGGUGGUCCAAGGGAGCCCUGGCAUGAUAUCCAUUGCAAGCUAGAAGGUCCAAUUGCAUGGGACGUCUUGUACAAUUUUGAGCAGAGAUGGCAGAAGCAAGUUGGCACCGAUAUCCUGAUUCCACGAAGCAAGCUUGAUGAAAUCACGAUUCAACCAUCACCAGUUACAUCAUCAGCAGACCCUGAAACGUGGAAUGUCCAGUUAUUCAGAUCCAUUGAUGGUGGGGCUGCUGCUGGCUUUCCUGAAGCACCUGACGAUGCGGCCAAAUUUGGUCUCGUCAGUGGAAAAGACGCAACCAUUGAUAGAAGCAUCCAAGAUGCUUAUAUCAAUGCUAUCCGACGGGCGAAGAAUUUUAUUUAUAUUGAAAAUCAGUAUUUCCUUGGAAGCUCAUUUGGCUGGAAAUCACAAGAUAUCAAGGUGGAAGACAUUGGUGCUUUGCAUCUCAUACCCAAGGAGCUGUCGCUGAAGAUUGCGAGUAAAAUUGAAGCUGGGGAAAGGUUCACUGUUUACAUUGUUAUCCCAAUGUGGCCAGAAGGUAUACCUGAGAGUGGAUCUGUUCAAGCAAUUUUAGAUUGGCAAAGGAGAACAAUGGAGAUGAUGUAUUCUGAUGUUACUCAGGUUAUUCAAAGAAAGGGACUGAAUGCAAACCCAAGGGACUAUUUGACAUUUUUCUGCCUUGGGAACAAGGAGACAAAAAAGGUUGGAGAAUAUGUACCUCCAGAGCAACCAGAUCCUAAUUCUGAUUAUGGUAGAGCUCAGCAGGCGCGUCGUUUCAUGAUCUACGUUCACGCGAAGAUGAUGAUAGUGGAUGAUGAAUACAUUAUAAUUGGAUCCGCCAACAUCAACCAGAGAUCAAUGGAUGGUGGUAGAGACUCUGAGAUUGCAAUGGGAGCAUUUCAACCACAUCAUUUAGCAACUGACCGUCUGCGACCCAACGGUCAAAUAUACGGUUUCCGCAUGGCACUGUGGCAGGAGCACCUUGGACAUCUUGAUAGCAGUUUUCAUUAUCCAGAAACGCUACAAUGUAUUCAGGCAGUCAAUUCUAUGGCUGAAGAGUCAUGGAAUAUGUAUUCAAGCGAUGCACUUGAGCAAGAUCUGCCCGGUCACCUGCUGCGCUAUCCAAUUGAAAUCAGCAAUACUGGAGGUGUCACAACCAUGCCAAACAUGGGGUUUUUCCCAGACACAAAGGCUCGCGUCCUUGGCACCAAAUCUGACUACCUUCCUCCUAUUCUAACCACCUAACCGGUGGCGCUGGGCUAUCUGUCCUGAUAUCUAAACUUAUCGCAAAUAAUGAUGAUCAACAACAGUGUACGUAUUGUUUCUGAAAGGCUAUCCCUUUCAAAACCUCUCCAAAUAAAAAUUUAAAACUGUUACUACCCUGUUAUUGAAUCUGAAACUCAUCAUUUGUUGCAUUUCUUACGCCAAGCAUAGAAUCUAGAGUCUGGUCACGAAGCUAACGAUUGUAAGCCACGUAACAGCUCCUGGUCCGGUCCAUGUCCAAAAUGUGGACCUCACAACGGUUCUUG